UUUCACCGGCAGUGUCAAGAUGGUGGCAAUCAGAAAGCAGCUUACACUUUAUUUAGUGUUGUUGUUAAACAUUUACAUCAGUUCUGUAUCUUCGUUGUACUUUCAUAUCGGCGAGACUGAAAAGAAAUGCUUCAUAGAAGAAAUACCAGACGAGACCAUGAUAAUAGGUAACUACCGGACACAGCUCUAUGACAAGCAGAAAGAAGAGUAUUUGCCUGCUACUCAAGGACUUGGGAUGUUUGUGGAAGUGAAAGAUCCUGAUGAGAAGGUAAUCCUGUCCCGUCAGUAUGGAUCAGAGGGCAGGUUCACCUUCACUUCCCACACACCUGGAGAGCAUCAAAUCUGCCUGCACUCCAAUUCUUCCAAAUUUGCUCUGUUUGCUGGGGGAAUGCUUCGUGUUCACCUGGAUAUCCAAGUUGGUGAGCAUACAAACAACUAUGCAGAAAUUGCUGCCAAAGACAAGCUCACUGAGUUGCAACUGAGGGUGCGACAGUUGAUGGAGCAGGUGGAUCAGAUCCAAAAAGAGCAGAACUAUCAGAGGUUUCGAGAGGAACGCUUCAGACAGACAAGCGAGAGCACCAAUCAGAGGGUUCUGUGGUGGUCUAUUGUCCAGACUCUAAUUCUGGUGGCCAUUGGUUUCUGGCAAAUGAGACAUCUCAAGAGCUUCUUUGAGGCCAAGAAAUUAGUAUAGAACUGUUUGGAUUUUUUUUUUAUUGUGAUGUCAGUUGAUACAGUACACAAAAUUUUGAAGAUUAACGGGUCAUGUGUGGUCAAAACUGCUAAACUCAACAUGCUCUCCGUUCCGUUCCCACCCUAAAUUCUCUCGUUGUGUCCUACUUUGAGAUUUAUUUCACACUGUUUGUUUCAGUGCCACACCCCCAUGUAAUGUGAAUAUAGUUUCUGUUCAGAUAUACAUUACAGUUUGUUGUUGGCUGUUUGAGGGUGAAAACCACUCUGAGUGUUUCAGCCAAGUAAAUUUACUGCAGUCAAACGCAAUUGCAUAGUGAAUGCCUUUUUCUUUCUUUUUUUUUAAGCCCCAUAGCUUGUUACAACAUUUUGACAUUUGUUUGGGUAAAAGUGAUGAAGUUACUAUUAACUGUAUCAAGGGCUGUGAGUGUGAUGUUUUUCUACAUGGAUUAUUUGGUUAAACAUUUACAAGACAAAAAGAACAGCGUUCAUCCUGGUGGCAGGUGUAAAUGUCUUUUGUUUGUCUUUAUGGAGUAAUUAGUUCGAUAUUUAAAGAGUUUUUCUCAGAGUGAAUGUUUGUUGUUGUUUUCUUUUAUAUUCUGGUUACACUUGGUUAAACAAUGUUUUCUUUUCUUGGACCCCCCCCCCCCAGAUGAGAUUAAUUUUAUGCCGCUUCUCUUUUGACAGCUACAAUUUGGUGUUGACCAAACAGUAUGUAUACAUGUUUAUCAUAUGCACAUAUCCAAAUAAAUGGCAAAUUGUAGUUAUCAAAAGUUAAAAGGUUUAAGUAUACAUGCAUAUAACCAGAGUGAUUACCUUGCACAUCAAAAUAAAUACUUCUGGGAUAUAUAUUUUCAUGAAUAUCUUCUUACAUUUGUCAUUAACUAUACUUUGUCUAACUGAAUGUAGGCAUAUUUUAUUAUAAUGAAUUUUCAUCAACAAUGCCCUGGGAGAACUAUAUACCAUCUUGGACAUACAGUACAUAAUUUUUAUGUCUCUGUUUUGUACAUCUUUAUUUUUCCUGUUGUCAAAUACUCAUGCAGAUGUAUAGAGAUUUCAAUGACUGCUUCACCCUUAAAUUGACCUUAAUCAUUUUAUAUUUAUUUUUCUUUAAAGAAAAAAAAAAUUAAACAAGCUGCCCAGAAUACACUGUUUAAUUUUUUUUUUAGGUAGUUGUGAUUAUUAUUUUUUUAAAUUUUGCAUUACUGGAGUCUUUUGUUCAAUGUAUGUUGUAUUUUCUUUCAAAAACAUAGUUUUGCAUAGGUUUUGAGUGCUCUUCUCACGUUUGUACGUUAUAAAAGUUUAUCAAAGUGUUUUUUUUUUUUUUUUUUUAUCAUUUUAGUUUAUAAGCAGCCACAGGGAAAUGGGUUUCUUUUUCCAAGUAGGGACAGGGGAGGGAAAAGUUUUGUUGGUAAGAAAUGUACCCCAUAAUUGCACUCAAAAAUAAAGCUUUCCACUCCCCCCACUAUUGACUUGUCUAUUAUAAUCCUCUUCAUAUUCAUUUGGGUUAAGUGGCCUUUAUGAGAUAUUGGUACUUUGAGCAAUUAAUAUAAGAGAGGAGUAUAAUACUAUGGCCAAUGGGCAUAUAAGAAUCAGCUUUAUUGCCAGGUAUGCUUAUGCAUACAUGGAAUUUGUCUUGGUGAUAGAGCUUGACUGACAGAUAGCUUGUCUAAUUGAAACACUGGUUGUCAAGAAAGUUCUGCAAUACGUUGAUAAAUGUGUGGUAGUAGAUGUGGCCAAUUUUACUAACACCAUGUUCAUCACACUUUGAAAAUGUCUUCAGAAAUAAAAAAAUUAUUCAAG